UGUUGAACCGAAAAGCAAACGACAGCACUAAAGCAGCCGAUGUUUUCCAACUUUCUCCUCUCCCGAAGUGGCCGAGCCAGUUUCUGGUUCCUUCCGCCUUCCCCGCUGGCAAGCACCUGGGGACACCACGCCCUCCUCCCCGCCUCCACAGCGACGGCCCCGAGACCCAGGCCUCCGCCCGCCACUCGACGCCUGCGCACGAGCCCACUACCCCGCGGACUUUGACCCCCACGGCCCACCGCAGCCACCUCCCACGCGCUCCUUCCUAAAAGAACGCUGCGGCUCCGCGCCGGCUUAUAUAAAACGUGUGGGGUGGGGAAGAGGUUUCGGCCGGCUUGGGGUCUCCCCUGCCUUGGCCAACGGGGAGGAAGCUCUUCCACUAUUAUUGCCAGCAGAGUGCUUGGGGAUGCGGGUCCUGUGGCCGAGGAGAAGGCGGCAGAGGCGAGACUGGGGAGGACAGUCUCAAAGUCAUAAAGGAGACUAAAAAGCCGAAUAGGAGUCAAGGAAAGAAAAGAGGAAGGAAAAAGCUAUCUGGGACGGAGAGAAAAGUUAGGUAGUAAAAGAAAGAUACGUCAGGAAGUCAGGCGCUGCCCCUGCCGCCUAAGUAAAAGGCAAAGCCAACGAGGAUUAUGGGAUUUGUAGUUUUGCAGGGGCGUGCUGUUGGAAGAUGGGGGGGGGUGCACUUACUCACUGGCGCAAGCGCAGCAGCUGCUUCCAGCUGCGCAUGCGCCUCGCCGCAAGCACGCUGCGGGGGAGCGUGUGUUGUUGGAGCUUUCACGCGUCUUCGCGCCUUUUCUUCCUGGCGGGAAAACUGGAUCGAGGGUGGAGGGGCUUGCGGAAUCCUCUCAGUUGCUCGUUCUGCUCUUCGUCCUUAGGUCCUCCUCGCUCCAGAAGAACUAGCUUCGAAUAUUCAUCAUUGUGGAAGAAGAUAAUUCAUCUCAAACAGAGGAGCCGUGAAUGACUUGAGUUGUUAGAAAGUGACUUUCUGGCUUUCCAUUCUCCUGUUAAUCAGAGGUAAAGGAAAUAUAGCUUCUGAGCUGAAUAAUGACAACGUUGCAGAAUGAAGAAGAAUGUGGGAAGGGACCAAAGAAAACCUUUGCCCCACCUACAAAAAAACUGCACAGCCUGAUGCCCUGUAGCCUUAACUUACCCAAGGAAGAGAACCUGGGAGUCAGUUACCCAGUUGCAGGGGCCAGACCAAGCCCUCCAAAUGCCAGAUUAGAGAAGAAGGAGGAGAAACUAAACACAGAGAAUGGUCCAGGCAGUGGCCAAGAGAAGAAAGGAAAAGAUCAAGACAAGAAAGCAGAGAAGAAAGGAGAAAAGGAAAAAGCAAAUCUUACCAAUGAAGAGUUUGAGGAGAUUGUCCAGAUUGUGCUACGGAAGUCCCUACAGGAGUGCUUGGGUAUGACUUAUGGGAUAGGAUCUGGCCUUGAUUUUGCACAGAUUUCCUGUGCCCAGCCCAUAGGACAUGUUCAAUCAGACAAGGAACCAGGAAUUGCUUCUACUACUACUGAUAAUGAUAAUGCUGAUGGAGAGAGGCUAAUGGUACCUCAUACUCCAGAGAUUUCAGCUUCUCAGGAAAAUGGAGUUGUCCCUGAGAUAAAUACAUCUGAACCAGCCCCACCAGAUCCUGCACCUGCUGAGAAGAAAUUUAAUAGAUUCUCCUUAAACAAAAGAAAGAAGGAAUCUCACAAUGAAAAAAUGGAGAAAGUCCGAGGCAGACCUGAGCAUAGACAGAAAGACCAACCAAAGAAAAUGGUUCAGGAUCAUUCUCAGACCAGUGUCCAUCAAAAAGGAGAGAGAAGUGGUUUUGAUCAGUAUCUAGUCUGGGCCCAGUGUUCCUCUCCAAACUGUGGAAAAUGGAGGCGGCUGCGUGGAAACAUUGACCCCUCAGUUCUCCCAGAUAACUGGUCCUGUGACCAGAAUACAGACUUGGAGUAUAAUCGCUGUCAUAUUCCUGAGGAGACCUGGACAGGGCGUGAGAGUGAUGUGGCCUAUGCCUCCUACAUCCCAGGAUCCAUCAUCUGGGCCAAGCAAUAUGGUUACCCCUGGUGGCCAGGCAUGGUAGAAUCUGAUCCUGACCUGGGGGAAUAUUUUCUUUUUGCUUCUCAUCUUGAUUCACUGCCGUCCAAGUACCACGUGACAUUUUUUGGAGAAACGGUUUCUCGUGCUUGGAUCCCCGUCAACAUGCUAAAGAACUUCCAGGAGCUGUCCUUGGAGCUAGCUGGAGCGAAAAAAUGCAGGAACAAGGACUGCAGCCAGAAACUGGGGGCGGCCCUGAUUAUGGCUCAAGAGGCAGAACAGAUCAGCAUUCAGGAGCGGGUUAACUUGUUUGGUUUCCGGAGCCGAUACCAUGGAUCUGACACUUGUGGGGAAGGAAAAGACUUAAUGCUCUCUGGGCCUAACAGCCCAGAUUCCUGCUUGGAUAAAGAAGAGGAGGAAGAGUCAGAGAUGGAGGUGGAGGAGGAUGAGGAAGAAGAGAAAAAGGACCCAACUUUGCCCAGUCCCAAGCCAGCCAAAAUACAGACCAGAAAACUCAAGCCAAGAGGCACAGCAAAUGGGCGAGACAGGACCCUGCAAAGGAAGAUAAUGAAGAGAUGUCUGAGAGAAGAUUCCACAGCAUGUCCUUCACACACAAUGGGAAGGAAAGAAGUCCAGGGGACUUCAGACACUGACCAGCCAGGCCCUAAGAAAAAAUUUAAAGCUCCCCAAAGCAAGAGCCCAGCAACCAGCUUGUCUGAGAAAAAAGGAGCUAAAAUGGUGUCAAAGGGCCCGAGCCCCCCAGCUCCCAGUGGAGCCUAUCCCACGAUGAGGACAGCAGGGCCCGGGCCCCAGGAACCACCGAACCCAGAGGCUGGAAGUUUCCCCCCUGAAGGGGAAGCCUCCAGUGACCUGGACCUAGAGCAACUCAUGGAAGAUACUGGAAAAGAGCCUGAGCAGAGAGAGGAGCUGCAGGGUACAGAUGAAGAAGUGGAGUCCCCCAUGGCCUUAUUUGAGGAAUAGUCGUGUGAGCACACCUUCCUUUCUGUUCUCUCACUCCCUUCCCUGGAGUGCAGGAGAGAGAGCCUCUGUGGGGUCCUUGAGAGAUUUGUAAGUGCCCGUGCUGUUAAACUCAGAGUUGUGCAAUUUACGUAUUAAUAAAACACGCUACUGGUUUCAUUGGUUUGGUUUGUCUCUAACCAAAUGCUUCCUUUUUGCUUUUCCUUCCCCUUGGGGUCACUGUGGGACAUUGCCAUUUCU